AACGAGAGCUCACUGAACGCCUACCAUGACUGUCCGCUCCGCUGUCUGGAUCCACACAGAAUGUAUUUCCACGGAGUCGUUUCUCACUUUGCAUUCGCGGUAGCCAGCCCGUCGCUAGUCGUCCAGCUGGCGACCUAAACAAAAACAAUUUCUUUUGCACUUUAAAACAAGUUGGCCGGCUGGCUGGCUGACGGCCGUCGGCUCGCUCUAAUACGCGAGAACUCAUCGGCGAUUUUUAACGAAAGCUGCCUGAUUUCUCUGGUUUGCAAAACCUCGCAGCGGUCGACGAGUUACAACGCCAACCAGCUAUCGUUAGCUUACACAAUUUAGCUGCUUUUAAAAGUCAUUUUAUUCGUGUUCGUUUUUUUUUUGUUUUUGUUGUUAGUGGUGCUCCGUUCCCCUCCCCGCCCCCCUUUUAUAUCGUGACGUUUUACCAAACAGUUUUUUGCGAGUGUAAUUUCACGGCAUAUUUUUAAUUUUCAUUUUUUGGUCAAAGCAUAAAUUACCGUACUUGCUGUGUUUAGCGUUAUAUCUGGCUGAGUAGCCGUUGUUUACCUCGGUAUCUUGUCCCCAAGCUGCUUCAGCAGCAGCCGGCUUAUCUGCAAAGUCUGACUUUAAUUGCGACUGAGUCUCUGCUCCAUCUCUCUACGGGUAACUUUAGAAAAGACAUCGGAGAAUAUUUUUCUGCAUCUUUUUUUCUGCCAUGCAACGACUAUUCACUGAAAGCUGCCAAAGCUGUGGUUAACGCGAGCUGAGAGAAGCUAGCAACAGAAGAAAGAGAACCAUUUGAUGGAAGAAAAGAAAAAGAAAAAACAAGAAGAAAAGACCAAGAAGGACGUUGCUCAGAAAAAGGCUGCUGAUCAGAAACCCAAAGACAUAUCCCUCCAGAGUGGCCCUGGUGCCCAGUAUGAGACCUCUCAUUGGGGAGCCUCUUUGCCAGUUGAAAGCCCCUCCAGUGCCAACAGCUGGGACAAAGUGAUAAUUGACGGAAGUGACAUAGAAGCUUGGCCCUCCAUCAGCCGCAGUAGUGAUCCCAGCCACCCUGCAGCACCAGAAUGCCCCUUGGGCUCAGCUAGCUCUAACCCAAACACCAGUGCUGUCACUUCCACCAAGAGUAGUAGUUUUCUGAGUAUGGCCACAGGUGCCGCAGGCCAGCAGGCCCACUACCCCUCUCUCAAGGCCAACAAUAACAUGAUGACAGGACCUGGGUCAGCCCACACACUAGCUGGUAAUAGAGGCUGGGGCUCAGAUGGGAAACCAGAUGGUAUUAAUGGUGGUCGAGUAGGUGCACCCAAUAACUGGGGCUCUCCCAAUUUUAACUUGAACCUCAAUCCCAAUGCCAACCCAUCAGCCUGGCCUGUUCUUGGCCAUGAGGGUGGUGGAGGUGGUGGUAUUGGCCCCAAUGGGGUGUCCAACUCUUCAUCUCUCCCACCAGGUAUUAAUAGCAAUGGCAACAUGGGAAAUGGGAGCCUAGGAGGUGCGGAUAUUGGUGGCGGAGGUUGGGUUGGCAUGAUAAGUGCUAGCGAAAAUGAUCAACAACAUCCUUCAACCAACACAAGCUUGUCCUUCAAUAUGGAACCUGCUAACCUUAACACUGAUGGACCAAACCACACUAAGCAACAGCAGCAAGCUCAGGAGCCUAUGAGCCCUAUCCAUGGGUUAACUGGUUGGGGAGGCCAAUCACCCACCGAAUCAUCCAAGCUAAAUGGGGACACAACAGGCAGCUCUGUAUGGGGUAGUGGAGAAACAAAGGCAGCUGAAUCCCCCAAGGACUCAGGCUGGGACUCAGCUCCUUCUGGAGGCCUUUCUGCCUGGGGCCGCCAAGGCAGCGGCGGAGGGAGUAGUGGAAGUGGUGGCUGGGGUGACUGGGGAAAAUCAUCUGGGGGUGGAGAGGGAUCUAAAGGCUGGGACUCAGUGGAUGCUGGUAGUUCGGGUUCAGGCCAAGAACAACAACUUAGCUCGUGGGGCCAGCAGCCUGGAACAGCCCCAGCAAGUGAGGGUAGUGGGGACAGCAGCGAAGGUCGAUCUCACCGCAGAGACAGGUCCUCCAGCAUGGAUUUUGCCCCUCUGCUACCCCGGCAGGACCUGGACCCUAGGGUGCUGAGCAACUCGGGUUGGGGACAGACCCCCAUCCGACAGCACACUGUAUGGGAGAUGGAAGAAGCCAACUCUGAGGAUGGGAAGAGAAACAGCAGCUCAGACACCAUAGGAGGCUCCAGCUCUAAUGUUGGACCCUCAUCCACCAAUGGAGGUACCAUCAACCCUAACAUUGGCUCCAAUCAGAGGCCUGGGUCUGGAGGAAAAAGUGAAAGUGAAGGAUCAUCACCUUCAGGUUGGGGAGUCCCUCCACCUCAGCCACUCCAGACUGGCUCAGGAUGGGGAGAACCCCAGCAGUCACUCAGCAAAGCCCCGAAUGGCACCACCAGUGGCUGGGGAGACCCCUUGCCUAUCAGUGGUCCUAAAAGUGGGGGCAAAUCAUCCUGGGGUUGUGAGGACAAGUCACCCAGCUGGGAUGAUGGUAUUACGAAAAGCCAGACUACUAGCUGGGGAGAGGGCCCCAAAAGCUCCCAUGGUUGGGGCAACAGUAAUGGGGGCUCCAACAGCACCAGCACAGGGGACUGGGGAGAAGCAGAGGUCAAGAACAAUGGGUCCUCCAGCAGUAUGUGGGAAGGAGAAGGAGGGAAUGCAGGAACUGGUGGAUGGAAGGAAAGCCCCAGAGGAGGAAAUAGAGGGGGUAGCUGGGCUAAGCCUGCCUCUGCUGUGAGUAAUAGCAGCUGGGGGGAGACCUCACGUGCCAAUGGCCCAGUGCAGGGAGGCUGGGGCUCUUCCAAGCCCCAGGAAAGCAGCAGCAGCAGCACUGGCAGUGGAGGAGGAGGCAGCAUUUGUUCUUGGGGUGGUCCUGGUUCUGUAAAACAGAACACCUCUAGCUGGGGCAAUGUUAGCAAACAGGACCAGGGCAUGGAGCCCACUGGCUGGGAAGAGCCCUCCCCUCCCUCCAUCCGCAGAAAGAUGGAGAUUGACGAUGGAACAUCCACCUGGGGCGAUCCCAGCACCUACAACAAGACUGUCAACAUGUGGGAUCGCAACAAUCCCAGUAGUAACCAAGGCAACAGUGGCCCACCUCCCAGUAAGAAUGGUGGAAUGAUUAUGCCCAACAAUAACAACAACAAUCACUCUGUCGGCCCAGGGAACACCAAUCACCAUCAUGCUCACCACAUGCACCACCAUCCCCAUCAUGGCCAGCCCCCCUCUCACCUGCAACACCAUGGAAACAACAAUGGGUCGCCCAACAAUGCUGCCUCACAUCCAGGUGCUGGCCCCCAGGGUAGACCCCCCCUCUCCAACCCAGGUUGGGGAGAACUUCCCAGUGUUCAGCCCAAGUCAGAGCCUGCUUGGGGAGAGCCAGCAGCUCCAACAUCAACUGUGGACAAUGGCACCUCUGCCUGGGGCAAGCCCCCGGGGGGAGUAGGAGGGUGGGGAGAUGGCAGCCACGAGCCCUCUGGACCCUUUGGCAGGGCCACCGGACCCCCAGGUUCUGCACCCUGCAAGCCAGGCCCCAAACCUAUGCAAGAUGGCUGGGGAGGUGGAGUAGAGGAGAUGGGCAUGUCUACCGGCCAAUGGGACACCGAAGAUGGGGACAUGUGGAACAGCCCCACCUCCCAGGAAAGCAGCUCCUCAUGCAACUCUUGGGGAAAUGGGCCGAGGAAAGGCCCAAGCAAGGGGAAGAUGGGCAACAAGCCAGAUGAGGCCUGGAUCAUGAACCGUCUCAUCAAACAGCUCACUGACAUGGGCUUUCCGAGAGACCCUGCUGAGGAGGCUUUGAAGAGCAACAACAUGAACCUUGACCAGGCCAUGAGCGCUCUGUUGGAGAAGAAGACAGAUCUGGACAAGCGGGGCAUGGGCAUGUCUGAUUACAGCAACGGCAUGAACAAGCCCAUGGUGUGUCGGCCCUCUGCACUCUCCAAAGACCCCUCUGAUCGCACCACCUUUCUUGACAAGGAUGGUGUUCUGUCAGAUGACGCCCCCCCAUCACCGUUUCUGCCUUCCCCCAGCCUGAAGCUCCCCCUGGCCAACAGUAGCCUUCCUGGGCAGGGUCUGGGACAGGGCAACCCGGGGCUGGCCAUGCAAAACUUGAACAACAGACAGAUACCCAGUGGAAUGUUUGGCAGUAGUGGAGCAGCACAAACCCGGGCCAUGCAGCAGCCUCCUCAGCCACCUGUGCCACCUCUCAGCUCCUCCCAGCCUAGUCUACGUGCUCAAGUGCCUCAGUUUCUCUCCCCUCAGGUCCAAGCACAGCUCUUGCAGUUUGCAGCAAAAAACAUAGGUCUGAACCCUGCACUUUUAACCUCACCAAUAAACCCUCAACAAAUGACCCUGUUGUACCAACUUCAGCAACUCCAAAUGGCGUACCAGCGUUUACAAAUCCAGCAGCAGAUGAUGCAGGCGCAGCGCAACGUUUCCGGUCCCAUUAGACAACAAGAGCAGCAAGUUGCACGUACAAUCACCAACAUGCAGCAGCAGAUCCAGCAGCACCAGCGUCAGCUGUACCAGGCGCUGCUGAUGAAGCAGCAGCAACUUCCCUCUCAUUCCUCCUCCACUUCCUCCUCCACUGGUCUGCAUCCCUCUGGUGGCCCCGCCGGAGGUCCUGGCUCCGGCAAAUCAACCCUGGACCCCUUCACAGGCCCACACCAGGCUCCGGGCCUCGCCGACACACUGCACACCAAAGAGCCGCCAUCUUCGCCCAACACCUACAGCCCCUACCCUCUCUCUGGACUGAAUCCAAACAUGAAUGUAAACUGCAUGGAGGUUGGGGGUCUGUCCCUGAAGGAGCCCCCUCAGCCCCAAUCCCGCCUGUCCCAGUGGACACACCCCAACUCCAUGGACUCUGGCAACUCCUCAAACAUGGAGAACAACCUCAAUAAGCAUGGUGCCAUAUCUGCUGCCUCUACCCUGGGCCCCCCUGGGAAGCCCCCCCAGCUGGAGGACUCAUACAGCCCUUACAAUCUUAUGUCCAGCUCUGAGUCCCCUACCAGCCCCCUGGUGCCUCCGGACAGCUGGGGCCAGGGCAAGAGCCCCAAUGAAAAGAUCUCCAAUGGGACCAACAUUAACUGGCCCCCAGAGUUCUGCCCAGGUGUACCAUGGAAGGGCCUUCAGAACAUCGAUCCAGAGAAUGACCCUAACAUGACCCCUGGCAGCGUCCCCAGCGGGCCCACCAUCAACACCAACAUCCACGAUGUCAACCGAUACCUGCUGCGCGACAGGAAUGGAGCCACUUCCCCAGCUCCUCCACUUCAGAAUGGCUCUCUGCCUCCAACCAGCAGUGACUGGCCAAUCAGUGGCUUCUCUAGCUCUUUCAGUCUGUCGUCCUCUGAUGGAGACAGCUCAGGUAAACUAUCUGACAUGAAGUCCACCUGGUCCCCAGGGCCCAUCUCCCAGAGCCAAGCCUCUCUGUCCCAUGAGUUGUGGAAAGUCCCCCAGGGGCCCCGCAGCACCACGGCUCCUUCUCGACCACCGCCAGGCCUCACCAACACCAAGCCCUCCUCCACCUGGGGUGGCAAUUCACUGGGCCUCGCCCAAGGCUGGAGCGGCUCAUACUCCUCUGAGGGAACCACCUGGAGUACCGACAGCUCCACCAGGACCAGCAGCUGGCUGGUGCUGAGGAAUCUCACCCCACAAAUUGAUGGUUCAACUCUGCGGACCCUGUGCAUGCAGCACGGCCCCCUGAUCACAUUCCACCUCAACCUGACCCAGGGGAACGCCGUGGUGCGCUACAGCUCCAAGGACGAGGCUGCCAAGGCCCAGAAGUCUCUGCACAUGUGUGUGCUUGGAAACACCACCAUCCUGGCGGAGUUUGCCGGCGAGGAGGAGGUGAACCGCUUCUUUGCACAAGGUCAGUCUCUAGGGGCAAACACCACUAGCUGGCAGGCCAACCCGGGAACCAAUCAAAAUCGGAUGGGUGGGGCAUCGCAGUCCCACUCAAUUGGCCAGUGGAGCAGCAGCGGCGGUGGAGGAAAGGCCAGUGGAAGCGACCUGCUGUGGGGCGGGGUGCCCCAGUACUCCAGCCUGUGGGGACCACCGAGCGGAGAGGAUGCCCGCGUGAUUGGGAGCCCCACCCCCAUAAACACCCUACUGCCUGGAGAUCUGCUGAGUGGGGAGUCCAUGUAGGAAGAUACCACGAUACACUAACCAACCAACCAACCCGCCUACCACCAUGUCAUGUAAGCCAUCGGUGGAGGGUGGGGUGGGGGAAAAAAAAAAAAAAAAAAAAAUAUUCAGUAUGAACAGGAGCAAAACCCAAGCAAAUCAUGUGGCGAUAAUCAGUAUCAAUUUGAACUGUUGUGAACUGUGAAUUGUGAUUCAGAAGGAGGGGGUCCCUACCACAUAGACUGCAGACUCCAGUCCUUCUGUUUUACUUUUGUCCUUUUUUUUUGUUUGGUUUACCGUUUGUGGGGAAAAAAAAGCAAUUUUUUUUUUCCUUUUGAUAUUUUUGAAAUGCAUCAUAUAAAACAAACUGAAGUGAGACACAACACAAAGAAACCUUUUAAGUGUUUUUAGUUUUUUGCAUAAGUAUACAUGACAUUCUGUGUGAAGUGUUUUUAGGAGAAGCAAUCAAAGCUGCCAUCUGAGACUUUCCUUUUCCCUCCAAAAAAAAAGAAAAAAAAAAUCAUCCCAAAAUAAGACUUAAAACAACCAUUCCCAGCAUGUCCAUGGCCAAUGAUGUGGUUCAAAGACUUUUACUAGUUAUGUUAACAUUUGUUUCUCAGCACUAAUAUUAGCCUUAAGUGCUCUCUGGCCCAGGUCCUUCCCAAGCCGCCUUUUUUAGUUUGUUUUGUAACUGAAGAAAUAGCUGAAAUCUUGCACAGUUUCACCUCUGAGCCAGCAAGUGGUACAGGACACAACUGGUGACCAACUCUGUCACUGGGCAGUAAGAAGGCCUGGCCAUGUGACUGGCCCUACCAAUCAUCAGCUUAAUUAUUUUAAUUUGUCUUCUCAAAGGG